AGUUAACCGGUUAAGUUUUAGUUGAUUGUUACCAACAGUUUAGAUAAGUUGAUAAUUUGUCCACAAUCAACAUGAUACAACAACAAUUAACACCUACGAUCAUCAAUAAUCAUCUUAAUUGUGAGAAAAUUGCAACAACGAUGACAACAAUUAACUUAUUUCCUCCACCAUAAUAAUAAAGUGUAACCAAUUUAUUAUCAAACCAACAACAAAAACGGAUAAUCACAAUUAACGUAAUUUUUAAUUGUGCAUGUGUGUGUGUGAAUUGUGUAUAUUGAAUAUAAAACUACAAUAUGAAUCUAUCAUCUUUAAUCAAUUUACUCUAUAUUUCAUUUGGCUUAAUUGUUUUACUAUUAACAAUAAGUAUCAAUGAAAUUAAUUGUAGAGACCAUGAGAUUUCAACUGCCGGUGAUAAAUCAGCUUAUUUACCCUGUGAGGUUGAUUUUGUUAAUUGCGGUGAAAUUUAUUUCAUCACUUGGUCUAAAAAUGUCUCAAAUGAAUGGCAAAGGGUUUAUUCAUAUUCUCAGGGAUACCAAAAAGCCCUCGGGUCAUUCAGUGGGUCACCUGAACGGAUAUCAAUGGAUGACACCAAUAUGACCACCACUGGAAUUGCCUAUUUGUGGAUAAAAAAUUUAGGAUUACAAGAUGAAGGGACAUAUAAGUGUGAUGUUACUUAUGUCCAUGGUAAUUGUCCAUCUUUAACAUAUUCAAGAUUAUUCACCUUGGUUAAACCAGGGGAACCUGUGAUUAGGAUUAAUGGUGAACCAUUGGAAUCAAAGUUACUGUUGAAAACAGAAUCAAGUGAUAAUCUUCAUGGUGAUAAUUCAGGGACAACAAAUGCCCAUGUGAUUAAUGAGAAGAGUGAAACAAGUGAUUGGAGUGAAGGUCAAGAAUCAACACCAAUAGUGUAUCAAGUUGGCCCUUUUGCUGAAAGUUCAACUGUGACCCUUGAAUGUUCAACAACAGGAGGUCGACCCAUUCCAGAGGUAAAAUGGUUCAAUGGAUCACGACCACUUCGAUCAAAGGUCAACCUAUUCAAUCGGGAAACAGGGCCGAGUGUAACCUCAACCAUUCGUCUAGUUGUCACUCGAAAUGAUGUCGGUGUCAAAUUGGGCUGUAGGGUUUGGAAUAAUGCGACCAAAGUUCCGUUAACCAAAUGGAUUUCACUGGAAAUUCAUGUUAAACCCUUAUCAUUGAAAUUGCGACGGCCCAAAGCUCCUGUUGUUUCUGGCGAAAUGGUUUCAUUGACAUGUACCGUUGAUGGAGCUCGACCUCCAGCGUCAAUAGUUUGGUUUAACCGAUCAGAAGUUGUCUCUAACCAUCCACCAUCAUCAACAGAAUUAUCAUCCGAUGGGACUUACAGAACAUGGAGUAAACUUGUAUUCAUUGCAUCACGUUAUGAUCAUAAUGGUGAAUUUUUCUGCAAAGGAACCAAUCAAAUCCUCAAGGAACACAAUGAAGUCCCUCUUAUUGAAAUGACCAUGUUACAGGUAUUAUUUCCUCCUGCAGUGACCAUUGAUCCUGGUGGACAGAUUCCUGUCAAUGAGACUGGAACCAUUAAAUUGAGCUGUUCUUUUGAUGCUAAUCCUCCCAAUGUAUCGGAUAUAAUUUGGUACAAGGAUGGAAAUAUUUUGAAUAAAAAUCAUGGUAAAAGUUUAAUUUUGAUCGAAGAUACUUCGUUAAUUAUACGAAAUGCAACUCGAAAUCAUACUGGUUUCUAUUCAUGUUCAUUGAAAAACUCAUUCGGUGUUGGAAAUUCAACUAAUACCGCUUAUAUUGAUGUUUGGUAUCCACCUAAAGUGACCAUUGACCUUCAUCCGUCCGUAGUAAUUGAAACAGGGAAAUCGCUCCUGCUCCGGUGUCUUGUGUUGGAGGGCAAUCCUCCCACCCUUACCCACGUCCAAUGGUAUUUCAAUGGCAAUCAUUUUGAUACAACACAUUAUCCACCCUCACCUUCAGGUGAUCCAUUUUCAAGUGCAUCUUCCUACACCCUUCAUAAUAUCACCUCAGCCCAUUCGGGCAACUAUUCAUGCCUAGGGUUAAAUGGAGCCCGUUAUUCAAGUCCAAUCUCAAUAGUCAAGCCACUUAUUGUACAAUAUAAGCCAAGUCAAGCUAAUCUUAGUGUUCACUUUGAUGGCGAAUCGCCAUCCAGAGGGACACCGGUCACAUUGGUGUGCUCAUUGUUGGGUGAUUCUGGUAAUCCAUUGGCUCACUCAUUCGUUUGGCUACACCAAGGGACACUUAUGCAAGGUGUAACUGGAUCAAGUUUCGAGAUUGAUUCAUUAUCAGUAUCUAAUCAGGGUAAUUAUUCAUGUGCUGCUGUUAACAAGCUUGGUGAAGGACCUUUUUCACAUCGAAUAGUUAAAGUAAAAGGUGCACCACGAUUGAUUAAAGGUCUUCCAUCAACAAUAGGAAUAUUAAGAAAUCAAUCAGUUACAUUAUCAUGUCAAAUUGAAUGUGAACCAUUAUGUCCAAUCGAAUGGUUCAUCAACAAUGAAAGUCUAGGGAUCGCCUCACCUUCAUCAUCAUCAUCAUCAACGUCCAUCUCAACCACCUCUUCCUCUUCAUCCUUAUCCUCAUCUUCAUCAUCAUUAUCUAUUGAUGCCUUUGAUGGUUCAAUAGCCAAUGGUUAUGAUGAUAAUACUCAACCUUCAUCCUCAUCUUUUUACCGUAUUAGUUUAUCAUCUGUUAAAGAGGAUGCAUCAUCUAAUCAAUUAGCAUCCUCAUUGAGUUAUCUUUAUAUUAAAAAUAAUUCAUGGCUUCAGGAUAACGAUAUAAUCUCUUGUAGAAGUCAAAAAAAUGGAUUAGGAUUACCGGCUUCAAGUAACACAAUUUACCGUAAUGAAUAUGCUCCGGAAAAGGUAAAAAUAUCAAUAAGUCAAUUAGAGUUGCUUGAAGGUGAUCAACUUGCAGAUAAUUUGGUUGUAUGUAGUUCAUCCUCCAAUCCAAAUGGACAUUAUCAUUGGAUUAAGGGAUCCACUGGUCAAUUAAUCUCAAGAGGACCAAACCUUUAUUUCAAUGAGACACCAAAAAUGAGCAAGGAUUUACGAGAUAAUUACACUUGUAUUGUUACAAAUAAACAUGGAUCAGGUCGAGCUCAUUUUAUCCUCAAUGUUUUAUAUCGCCCUGAAUGUAGUGUACAUAAAGAAUCACUUGGUGGAAAUCGUUGGCUACUCUCAUGUGAAGCCUCAUCAAACCCUCCUGUCCUUAACUUUACAUGGUAUCGAUACAAUCGGACUGUUGGUGACACUUUAUCAUCAUCAUUAUCACCUUUACCUUCACCUUCCUUAUUAACUAAUUCUGGUUCAUCGCCAGUUUCGUCUAAACGAUUAGCGAUCUCAUCAAUUGAGGACAAACAGAGUUCAGUCCUUGUUCUAGAGGAAAAUGAUCUGGAAGCUUAUUCUUGUAUAGCAACAAAUAUUAUCGGUCCCUCAACUCCAUGUAAACUAAAAAUAGUUCAUGUAAAUGCUCCUUCAGGUUGGGUUCAAUUGUUACUUGCAGAUGAAAAUUUAAUCAUCGUUGGAACCGCAUUUGGUUUAAUUGUUUUCAUUAUUGUCUCAAGUUUAAUUGUUGGAUUAAUUUUCUUGGGACGAAAAAAACUGAAAGCAAUUGAUAAUAAACCUUCAACUUUAUCAACAACAACAACAGGAAUCAAUGGUAAUCAUCAUCACCGUUAUGAUCCAAAUUAUCAUCAAACUAAUUAUCAACAAUCAGUUAAUAAUCAUCACCAUUCAGAUUAUUCUGCUUACUCUUCUCGUCAACAAUCAAUCCAACCAAAUCAUCAUCUUUAUCAUUCAUUAACUCGUAAUCAUAAUCAGAAUCUUAAUUCAUCAUCAUCAACACUUCAUCAUUAUUCAAGUCAAAAGUAUUCAACUAAUCAAAGCAAAACCUCAUCACUUAAUAAACUUCCUAUUCUCGAGGAACGAACCAUUUCUGAUGGUCGAUGUUCCGAUAAAUUGAAUGCAAACUGUGAUGGAGACGAUGACCUGUCCACUUAUGGUCAUCAUCAACAAUCUUCCCCUCUGAUUACCCGUAGUCAUCAAUGUAUCACCUUAAGUCGCCCCGGAGUGGGUAAUGGUAGUGCUGGUGUUGGAAGCCCAUUACUUUUAUCUGAAUAUUUGACCGAUGAAAUGGAAACUGAAUCUCAUGGGUCAACCAAUUCAAUGAAUCACUAUUAUGAGUCAACUUCACCUUUACACCGUAACAAUUACAAGAAUAUUAAGAACAAUAAAAACAACAACAUCAUCAACACCAACACCAUCAACAGUAUCAACAAUAGUUACAAUAAUAUCAAUGAUAAUCAUUAUUCACAAACUCUCCUCCAUCAUCACCCACACUCCCAACAACAUUACAAUAUUCCCUUAGAUUCCGGUCCACCCUUACCACCUUUACCCCCAGAACGUGCUAACCGUUAUUCCCACUUACAACAACAUCACCUACAACAGUCCAACCACCACCAUCACCCUCACCAACAGCAACAUCACCUUCAGUCAUCCAAUCAUCCCAAUCAUCUCAUCUAUGAUUAUACUUAUCAAAGGCAUCAUCCAAAUCGAAUCACUUGAGAAAGAGACACAAAUCAUUAUCUAAUCAAUGCAACAAUUUGAGACCGAAUUUUAUCAUCAUCAUUAUCAUCAUCAUCGUCUUCUUCUUUGACCAAAGAGGAAAAAAGACACUUUUCUUCCCUCUACUCUCUUCUAUUUCUUUUGAGUUGAUCAGCAUCAUUUCCGUUUCCUCCUUUGUUAUAUUACUCUCAUCAGAACCUUUUUCCUCUUGUACAUAUACAUUUCGAUAAAAACUUUUCUAGUUAUCCAAUCACUUUCAUCAUCAUCAUCAUGUAUGGAGCCUUUUUUUAUCAUCAUUAUCUUCUUGUAUGACCUUUUGUAUGCAAUUCGGAUACAUUAAUGAAAUCACACAACUCAGUGAACUCCCUGUAAACAUGUUUAUAAGUCAACAAUUAAUACAUUUACUGUAAUGCUACAAGAAAAGAUAAUAAAUUGAAUAAGGAUGAAAACUUGACUCUGAAGAGAAUCAACUUCUUCAGGGUUAAAGUUCAUCUGAAAACAGAUAUAAAACAUUAAUAUCACCAUGGAACAUGAACAUUAACAUGAAUUCAAGUGAAAUCUUUCAAUUUAAAUGUACAUUUCAAUGUAAACAACAAAAAAUCGAAUGACAAGAUGAAAAGAAAUUUUUAAAAUCUCAAUUCGAAACCAAUUGUAUAAUUAACUAUUGCUAUUAUUUAAUUAACUUGGAAAAUUAAAUUGCUACACAAGCUAAUUAAUUAAAAUCAAUGCUCAACUUUUAUC